UUCUUUGUCUUUGGAAGGAAAGAUGCAGUUGACUCUGAUUGUCAUGAUACCUCUGAUAGUAGUGUUUCUUCUCACAAGUGCAAUUGUUUGUAUAUAUUUGUGGAGAAGAAAGAUGGCCAAGACACAAGAAAAUCAAAGAAAGCGAGCACUUCGUGCAUUAGACAAUGAAAAACAUAUCAAAGACUUGAUAGACUCGGGUGAAUUCACAGAAGAAGAGAAGAAAGACAUAGAUGUACCAUUUUUUGAUUUGGAAAGCAUUAUCGUAGCUACAAAUAGUUUCUCAGAUGCAAACAAGCUUGGAGGGGGGCUAUGGGCCGGUUUACAAGGGAACAUUUUCAGGAGGUCAACAAAUUGCUUUAAAGAGGCUCUCAUGUGUCUCACGACAAGGCUUACAAGAAUUUAAAAAUGAGGUGGUGUUGAUUGCAAAACUUCAACAUAGAAAUCUUGUUAGGCUUCAGGGAUAUUGCGUAAAAGGAUAUGAAAAGAUUUUACUCUAUGAGUACAUGCCCAACAAAAGCUUAGACGCAUUUAUAUUUGGUUCGCCUCUAAACUGAAUUCCUAAUCUCUUGCAGUGCUGCAUAAAUUAUA